GCGGAUCCGCACAGAGUCACUGGAGGGACUUCCUACCCAGAAACUACCAGCCCCGGGGUCUGCACGCUGAGCUGCGGUGAUGAAAUGGUUAACUAAAGAUGCAAGAAGUGCGUGAGUCUGUCUGAGCAUGUGCUGCUGCUGCUGCUGCUGCUGCAGUGAAGUAAAAUGUGUCAAUUUCCACCGGACAGCAGAGACACCGUGGAGGAAAGAGAAGCCGGGGACAACAGACGAGCUGCAGACCGCCACCACCGCCACAUCCUGGACAAUCUCCCCCGGGUGAUGUGUCUGAUCUGCCGGCCUGUGUGCUGAGGGAGACACCGCAAUCUAAAGACCUGCAUCUCAUCAUCACAGAUAGAAGAUUUGUGUGAAAGCAAGAAGCAGGAUGGUAACCGUGGAAACCCCUGAGUCUCCUGUGCCUCUGACGGCGCUGUCACGCUGGUACCUCUACGCCAUCCACGGCUACUUCUGCGAGGUCAUGUUCACGGCCGCAUGGGAGUUUGUGGUGAACUGCAACUGGAAAUUCCCCGGCGUGACCAGCGUUUGGGCGCUCUUCAUCUAUGGCACAUGCAUCCUCAUUGUGGAGCGGAUGUACCUGAAGCUGCGCGGCCGCUGCCCCGUGCUGCUGCGCUGCAUCAUCUACACUUUAUGGACGUACCUGUGGGAGUUCGGCACGGGGCUGCUGCUGCGCCAGUUCAACGCCUGCCCGUGGGACUACUCCGAGUUCCGCUACAACUUCAUGGGACUGAUCACGGCCGAGUACGCCGUGCCCUGGUUCUGCGCCUCCUUUAUCGUGGAGCGCUUGGUUAUUCGCAAAACACUGCGGCUGCGCUUCCACGAGGGGCCCGAGGACGGUUGGUCAAACCAUCGGUCAGAUGCUGGGGGUGGAGGAGGAGUGGGAGGAACAGUGGGUGGUGGGAGGCGGAGAGAGAGGAGCAGAGGGAUGGGGAAUGAUGCAAACGGCUACCUUAAAGGAGAAUGAACAAACGAAAAACACAAUCUGAAACCAGCCCAAUCGCCCUGCUACACCUCCUCGACCCUCCUCAGCCACUUUUCAUAAGCAGUCCUCCUCCGUUGACUGUGCGGGGUGAAGACAAACAGACAGCCAUGUACACUGGGCUGGUGAGCAGAGGUGUACAGAGAAAACAAACCUAACUGUGGCCUCAAACGCCCAAAUCACUCACUGUGCUCUCUACUGUCAACAGAGGCACAAAAACUCCAUGCUGCUGUGUUUGCUGCAUCUCAUAACGCACCCAUUUCCACGUGGGGAAGGAGACCAAGGACUUGAAGAACCAGGACGACACCCUCAGUAUCUCCUGUCCCACAGACUGCAAAGACCUCGGGAUAAACAAAAAAAAAAAACUGUUGCAAAGAUUAUUGUCAUCGUCCUGCAAAGGAACAAAUUCAAGAACAAUAUUUCUGUUUUUCAAGGGCACAUCAGUCUAUCUGAAAGCAGAAGGCUUGCUGCAUAGAAAUCUUAAUAAAAAGUAGCUACAGCUGUUCUUUUUAAAAAAUGUACAUAUUGUCCUUUAGUAUUAUUCAAAGUACUGUAGUAAUGUAGCUACGAAAAGCUCUUUAAGAACAUACUGUCCACCCUGAGGCUCCGUAUGUCAGCUUACAUCAUGAAGAAUGUUUUUAGUGAAUACCCACAAUGCCUGGAAAAAAAAUGCAUGAAAAAAGUUGUCUUCCAAUAUAAUAUUUUACAAAGUUUAUUCAGCAGUCAUUCUGUCAGUCAGUGUGCUGCUUGUGUGGAACAAGAGGCAGUUGAGCCGGGCGACCAGUUAUCAUGGUCGAGUCUUGGUUGUCUCCUCCUGACGGCAUGUUGAAGUGUCCUUGAGCAAGACACCAUACCCCAAACUGCUCCCAGCAGUGAGCAGGUUCACGGCCUUGCAUGGCAGCUUUUCUGCCAUCCGUGUGUGAAUGGGUGUGUGUGAGCUAAUGUGAGGGUUUUUAAGGCUCUAAAUAGAUGCAGUCCAUUUGCCAUAAUAGCAGGGGCGCUUUUCCAUCAAUGGCAAUGAUUAUGAGUCACGAGCAGCAGCAUAAAGCACCAAACCUCCUGGUAAUUUUUUCAGUUUUUCAAAAAAGCUUUUCACGUCUGCAUGUCCAUUUUGUGAGCUUUAAUGUUGUCUCAGAUCUGCCUGGGUAACAUAAGCCUCAUUUCUUUAUUAUCAAAUCAGUCCGUCAAAUUAUACAAUUUUCCUGUGUUACACUUUUUUUAACCUCAUGUUGGCUGCCACAUGAUCAAAAAAGUUUGUCCAUUGAUAAAGUAGCAAUAGUCAAUUUUGAGUGACACUGAAUAACCAGUAGUUUUGGUGUUUAGGUGCCACGUCAGGUUUCCAGAUUUGAGGUUUUGACUUGAAAAGAACAAAUGUCACGUUUCAGAGUUUUUGCCCAUCUGAGUUUGUUGAAAGUGUUUUGCUUGUGAGUUUUUCCGCCCCAUUUUCAUGACGUUAUUAUUUACAUCAUUUUAGUUUAGUGUGUGAAGAGCAGGAAAUGUGCAGCAGAUUUUGGUGAUUGAUUAAUGAAUUAAUUCAUGGAAAUCUUCACAUUUUACCCAGCACAAUGAGUAUCAGAAUUUGCUGUUCAUUUCUUUACAACUUUAAUGAUUUGUGAAUCACAAUUGAUUCUGUUUCCUUUUAUUUCCUCUGUGAUGUUGUGUUGGACUUUGACUAACAUCUGACAAAAUCUACAAAUGCAGCAGUUUAACAAUAAUAGGGCUGACCAGAUUGCUUUGAAGCUUCAGUUGUUGCCAUGGUAAUUGACAUCAAAAUGCAUCAAUCAGUGUUUGCCACAAAAACAGAAUCUAUGUGUGCUGGUAGCUGACGACAGCGGGGUAGACAGUUUCAGCAAACUUUACAUUUUAAUUUUUUUUUUUUUAAAUCUAGUGUGCGUGUCCCUUUUUUUCUAUCAGUCUGUGCUGCCCCUCUAAAUGCGAAUGUUUUUGCAGGUCCUUGAAUGCAGUGCAGGUAAAACUCAUGAGUUAUUUAUGUCCCUCAGCAGCAGUUUGAGUCACAGCAAUUAAUUAGUUGAUCAAGUCAGAGCCGAUCAAUUCAGUGGACGAGAGGAGCAGCAGAGUGCAGAGUGAGUGAAUGCAAACUUUUAGUUUCAGCAUAAAUAACAGUUAAGUUUCACUUUCACUGAACCUGGUGUUGUGCAGUGACAGCAACACGCUGAUGACAACAGUAGACGUGGUGCUCCGAUUGUAGUGCAGUGAAUAACAACACAGUAUUUUUAUUUCAAUAGCGCUAGAAAAUCUAUUUGUGGCAGCAGAUGUAUGUGGGGAAAACCUGCUUCAACAUUACUUAUUAUUGGUUUCUCUCUAAAAAGGACAAUUAAACUUGGUGAUAGUUUGUGACUCCGACUCUCUUAUCUCGUCAGUCAUCAGCAGUGUAACACUACUGAAACUGGGACAGUUUGACCACGUGACAGAUACGCUCUCAGAUGUCAGAAAUUUCCAAUUUCUGGAAUCGUUUCAAAAUUUGAUAAGAAGUGCCAGAUGCGCCAAAGGAAACUGGUUUUGUAUGUCUCAAAUCCACCACAAGAUUGGCAAAUCACCUAGGUGACAACCUGUGGGCUGAGAAAGUGUCUAAUUGUGACGUUAUUUAAGAUGCAUCGACAUAUUUCCUUGUCUCUCAUUUAACCCACCCACCCCCACUCAAACCUUAGAUUAAUCGCUAAUAUUUUUCACUGAAGCUUCAAUGCCCAAAACCGGUAUUCGGGAAAGCCCUAAACCAUGAUAUGAUACAAACUAGUGUGAGUGCUCCAAAUUAUAAGAGAGCAGACAGCAGAUCAGGUAGAUUAACUAGCUUUUUGAAUGGUCUUAACUUCACAGCUACAUGGCAACAUCCAGGCGUCUAUUAUUUCAGGCAGGUGAAAACAGGCGCUAUGUGAAUAAUCCUCUGCUGUUGUUCCUCUUAAAGUUGAUCCUGACACUUCCUGUACUCUCUUAGUAGAAAGAUCAAGGACUGUAUGCUUACUGUCGUGCAUACCGGAGCUGGCAGUAAUGAGGAUUUGGUGCUACUGCAUAAAACAGGUGGGACACUUUUGCUUUACAGUGAAUCCAAGGUACCAGGGGAUUGAUGUUAUACAUUCAAUGGAAACAUGGCCGGUGAUUCCUCAGGUGGACCAUUUAUGUUGUUGACUUCAUUACAAUAUUUUGUGCUGAUUUCCCCAUUUUGAUUGAAAGAAAGUGCAAAAAACAAAUCCAUGUUUCCACAACAUUACUGCACUAUGGAGAAGUGUGACCUUCAUCAUUGUGGCUGCAGUGGCAUGCAGUGUUUCCCCCUCACUGUCUCCACUGUGAGUCCGGAGGGUGGAUGAAGCUGUUCCACAUGAUAAACUGCUGCCAUCCAGUGGAUAAAUUAAAAACUGCAGCUGGAAAACAUGUUUUAUUAAUGUUGGACAAAAAAAUAAAAAAUACGACACACAAAGUACAUAUAACAGAAGGAUGUUUUUUGUGUUAAUUACAAUUUUCUUUCAUACAUGAAUCAACAGGCUUAAAAGCAAUAGAGGCUUCUGACCCAGCAAUGAUUAUCCAGCUCAAGGCCGUUAACUUUUUCUCUUUAAAAAAACCUAUUAAACUACAUUAUGAGAACUGGUAUGCAGCUAUAAUGUCUUUAUCUAAUUGCUUUGAUGAGACAAAUCACACAAAAACAUGCAAAUUAAAGUGUAUUUGUUCUCUGCAAUAUGUGAAUGAAGGAGUAUUAGGUGAGUGUGUAUAGUGUGUUUUACAGAGACACGUUCUCCGUAUGUGUAUGUGCAUGUAAAGUAUGUUAAAACCUGAACUGAUUCUCUGGUAUUUUUAUCAUGAGGCUGCAUGUGUCCAAACGUUUUCAAUUUCUCCUCCAAACAGAUUUUAUCCAAGUGAUUAAUAGCCCCGUGUACUGUAUAUUAUUUUUUUCAUUAA